AUGCUCAACAGGGACGGUACCAGGAGCAACCGAUCAUCUGUGCGGUUAACCAGCGAUGAGGGGAAGGUAUCCCUUUCUGCAUUUAGUUUUCUCUUCUCGGAGCUGUGCACUCGGGCCCAUAGCACACCGACAAAGGCACGGGAUAUAGAGGAAAUUGAACAGCGGUUGACGAGCCUCGGUGCAAUUGUUGGUGCCAAGUUAAUGAUGUUAUCCUCCCUUAAGGAUCCUCUUGAGCUGCAGCGGAGACCUACAACAAUUGACGAAGCUCUGAAGUUGCUGCAAGAGAAGUUCUGGACCAGAUGGUUUGGCAAGGCAGCGAAUGACCUGCAGCAGGAGGGCGAAUCGACUCGCUACUUUCUCGUUGACAGUAAUCCAAUGGUGCUGCAGCAUGUUUAUCCGUCUCCUGAGUAUAUGGAUAGUGAAGGGCAAUGGAGCAUUAAUUACGCUAGUUUUAUGGGUGGCAUCGUUGAAGGAGCGUUAAGGGCUGUUGGGUUUGACGCCGAUGUGCUCACAUAUCACCACCCGGAACCCGACAAACCACAACAAUCCAUUUUUGCCAUUUCCUUUGCCCAGCAUGUACACGACCGAGAAAGGAGAAUACGUGACUGA